GUCAUGUGACACAACAAGGAAGCGGUCUUAGUUCAACAGUAACAAAACAUUUUUUGGAGAAAACAUCAGCGAAGCAUUAAUACAUUUAAAACCUGUAACAGCAUAUGAUUUAUCAUGUCUGCAAGCCAAAAAAAGACUUCGGUCACAGAUACAAGUUUUUUGGGUGGAAGGAUACCAUCAGAAAUCGAAAUGAUGGUUAAACACAUGAAGGACUUGGACCAUGAAACCUUCAGAAAAUUGCUAAAAGCUGUUGUAAAUGCCAUAGAAGGUCAAGACUGCCAAGAAACAAUGAAGACUAUAGCUGAAAGAAGUGUCAUACCCGAGGAACGACUGAGUCACAUUGUAGCUGGGAUGUACAGACUCCUGAAUGAGGCGUUACGCAUCCCAACCACCUCUCUAAAACAAGAGGCUUUCAAAGACAAUCUCAGGGAAUUGAGGAUACCAGAAGAAUUCAUCACAGAUUUAGCAAGUGUGGUUUUUGGCAAUCGACGAGCUGUUCUGGAAGCUGUAGCAAGCCAACGAGGAACAGGGCUACCUGGUAUGGAGGAAUUCAGAUGGAGAGUGGAUGUAGCUAUUUCAACCAGCUCUCUGGCCCGUGCCUUGCAACCCUCUAUUCUCAUGCAGAUGAAACUCUCUGAUGGAAAAGCACAUCGCUUUGAGGUUCCAGUUUCCAAGUUUCAGGAGCUACGGUACAAUGUGGCACUCAUCCUGAAAGAGAUGAAUGACCUGGAGAAGAGGAGUGUGUUAAAGAUUCAAGACUGACUGCUCGGUCGUCUCCCUAUAGACGCGAUGUCUGCCGGUGAUUGUCUAUGGUCCAGACUGGCCAGACGCAGGCCCUUCACUCUUGGUAGAAGGACCAUAGUUUGGUAAUUGGUAGGACUGAAAACGGAUGGGAAAGCACUGGUUCAAGGACCAACAUGUGUUUUUGUUAUUGGACCCACUACGAUACUUAUUUGCAACACAUCUCACAAUGUAAUAAUUUGUUCGAUGCUUAUUGAAUGUAAGUUGAAUGUGUGGUCAAAAUAUUAUCCAAUUCCAUGAUUUGAAUAUUUCUAACAUUUUGGAGAUAGCCUACUACAAAUGUCAUUGCUGUAUUUUUUACUUUAUUAUGUUUCUGAAUUAAAUCUUUGAUUGACAAAUUGCAGAGUAUUUGACCUCUUAAGUAUCACUGAGGUCAAAUUGAGCAAUGGGUCAAGCCCUGUUGCUAGGGCGAAGUCUAGACAAGCUGGCGGCGUUACCCUGAUGGCCCACUUUCAGAGUCACAGAAGUUUCCGGGCAUGGUUGGCCUGAACCUGAUAUAGACCAGGCUGUGUAAAUGGGUUUGAGUUAAUAUGCAAGACCAGACGACCUAUAUAUCCUUACCAGUUGUGUGUGUGUGUGCGUGUGUGUGU